AUGGAUAAAUUGAAAGAAAGAAUUAACAACUUGAAAUUGGAUGCUGAAAAAUGGCAAGAAAAAUCAGAUGAAUUAGGUGACAAAGUUAAAGAAUUAGAACAAGAAUCUUUAGAUAAAGAUCACCAAAUUCAAGCAUUAACCAGAAAAAACCAAGUAUUAGAAGAACAAGUUGAAAAAUUAGAAGGUGAUUUAGAUACCACUAAACAAACAGCUGAUGAAUCAACUAACUUGAAAUCAACUAAUGAAAACUAUUCUAAGAAAAAUCAACAAUUAGAAGAAGAAUUAGAAGAAGCCGAUAAAAACUUGAAAUUGACAACUGAAAAAUUAAGAGAAACUGACAUAAAAGCUGAACAAUUAGAAAGAAAAGUUGCUUCAUUAGAAUCUGAAAAGGAAGAAAUGGAAAGAAAAUUCGAAGAAUUAACUGAAAAAUACAAUGCUGCUAAAUCUGAAUUAGAUGAAAUUAAUUCUCAAUUAGAUCAUAUCUAA